AUGUUAUUACUAUCAAGACAGGAAAAAACGUCCUUGUAAAACAAGCAAUAUGGAAAGAACAGUCUCGAAAGGUUGCCUUGAAAUAUAUUUUUGGUAAAGAUACGGAAGAACAACACAAAAAAUUAGAAGAUGAGAUAGUGCGUGCAUUACAAAACUUGGAUGAUGACAAUUUGAUGCAAUUAUAUGGAGUAAGCCAAGCUCCAAGGAUGAUUUUACCUGAUGAUACAUCUGCCUCUUAUUACAAUGCAUCACCGGAAACAAUUCCAUACGUGGAUCCAAAAAUUGUUAAUGAC